AUGGAGCAAUUUGUAUUGUGCAAUUAUUCAGUUUCAACAGCAGAAGAAUUGCCUAUCUCUGGUUAUUAUGAUAUGCAGAUUGAUAUCACUGGGAAAAUAAUUGUUGAAGUCCGUCUUAGUCUAAGCAAUAAAAUCAAGAAUUCUUUUGAUCUCUGUGAGUUGAGAAUUCCAAUUUACAACCGUGGUCUUGUUCAGUCAUAUGAUGUGAAUGCUAGUCAAGGAAGUGUGCAGUUGGUUGAAAAAAGAAUGCUUGUGUGGAACAUUGGUCAAAAGUUUCCCAGUAAGAAUUUGGAAGUUUUCCUCACUUCAUCUCUACAGAUGAAUAAACAAUUGCCAACUCCACCUGACAUGUAUGAAGAUCCUUUCUGUGUUGGAUUGAACUCUUAUGUUCUGCUCAACUUCCGUAUUUCAGACUUUACUCAGUCUGGCUGCCAUGUGGAUUCAAAAUCCAUGCAGGUUUCAGGAAAAUCAAAAUGCAAACUUACAACUGUUCAUGAAUACAUUUCUUUUCAUUAUCAACUAUGGAAUAUACGAGGAGAGGCUUUGAACCAAAAGCCCAAAAGCUGA